CAGUCGCAAUAUUUUACUCUUUCAAUUAUUAUUAUUAUUUAAAAUUUAUAUAUAUAGCGGAGGCUUGGGGUUAAAUUCUUCUGUCCUUUGUUUCUACCACUACCACUAGCUUUUUUGUCUUUCCCUUUCACUCCCCCUAGUUCCUCAUAGUACCGAAAAUGUUGUUCUUUUCGUACUUCAAAGAUUUGGUGGGAAGAGAAGUGACGGUAGAACUCAAGAACGAUUUGGCCAUCAGAGGGACAUUGCAUUCUGUUGAUCAAUACCUCAACAUCAAGCUCGAAAAUACUCGUGUUGUUGAUCAAGACAAGUACCCUCACAUGCUUUCUGUAAGGAACUGCUUCAUCAGAGGAUCAGUGGUGAGAUAUGUGCAAUUGCCUCCAGAAGGUGUGGACAUUGAACUAUUGCACGAUGCUACAAGGAGAGAAGCCCGGGGUGGUUGAUUUUGUUAUUAUUGUAAUGUAGUACGAGUCAUCUAUAGGCUGGAAUAUUAUAGAUGUUAUCAUUCAUGCUUGAGAAAGAAACUAUUAGAAUGUCACUGCUAUGUAUCUUAAGAUUUUUUCUGGUUUUCUGGUCUACUUAAAAAAAAAAAGUGAUAACAAUUGGAAUGAUGCAAAACAGAUGUAAUGCACAAUAUAUGCAAUGUUUACAUUACUCCAACCAGAUGAUUCAAAAUUGCCAUGUCUA